UCAGAAGCAUUUUAAAUUUGAAAUUAAGUAUUAAUUACCACACUUGACAUUUAAUUAAGACGUUAUCUAUUAAAAACUUUCUAAUGUUUAGGUAAUUUUUAAUACACGCAUGUCACAUGAAGUGGAUUCAACCAAUCAAAUUGUGUGUUCUGCUACCACCGCCAAGCUCGUUUGCGGAAAGCGAAUCGUACGCAAGCUGCCCGAUUCUCAUUUCGGAUCGAAAUUAGCGAGGAUGAACGCAAGGAACUUGAUUAUACACCGAAAAAGUCCACUACUUUUCUGACAUGUAGCAUUCAUUUCCAGUUAAAAUCAUCGAAUUAAAUUUUAUGUUUAUUUUUAGAUUAUAUGUUAAUAAAUUGAUAUUUUACGAAAGUUUUAAGAUAUAUUAAAUAUUUAUUUUAAAUACACAUGUUUUAAAUAACAAUUGUUAGGUCGCCAUCUUGAUGUGAUUGAUUUAUAAAAGUAUUUUAUAAUUAGCUGCAGAAUUAUUUGCAGUUUAUUAUAGGCGAGAAAUUUUACUUAUAUAUCGUAGAAUAUGUCAUAUUAAAUAUGUUUUAGAAUUUUGCGAAGUAACUACUUUUUUUUGCUCUUCUCGUAAGUCGACCUCAUAUAUGGCCCAAACUUCAACAUCCUUGAUGAAUUUUUGGGAUUUAGAAGUUAAAAACUGUACUGUCAGUUCUCCUAACAAAACCAUGGAGCAAAAGAGUCAAAAUAUGUCUCCUGUAAAAGCUGGACUUAUCAAGUAUUAUCAGAGGCAUGGAUUAGAAGGCAUUGCCAAAGAAGUUGGUAUUAUACAACCAAAUGGAGAAAUAAUUGGAAGUAAGCUAACUACUCAACCAAAAGAAUUAAGAGUAUUGUCAAGUUUUUUUCAAAAGUGGAAAGAAGAAAAAACAGCAGCUAUAGCAGCACAAAUAAUAACAUUGCCUGUUGCUAGUACUCCUGCUACAAUUACUAUGUCACCUUACAAAGUAGAACCGUCAAUUUUGCCAAAACCUGUGCAUCUAACUAAUUCUCCUGUGAUUUUAAGUACCCCUCAACGAGUUGUUGCAAGCGUUAUAAAUAGCACCCGCACCCCACAACAACUGCUACCUGCUCCAGAACAUCCCAUGGCAUGGUCUGGGAAACGUCCUCAUGAUUUCACAGAAGAAUACCAUGAAAGUAAACGUUGUAAAAAAGGAGAAAAGGGAGGUAAAGGUCUUCGUCACUUUUCCAUGAAAGUUUGUGAAAAAGUUAGAAAAAAAGGAACAACUUCGUAUAAUGAAGUUGCUGAUGAAUUGGUAGCAGAGUUUUCCGAUCCGCACCGUCAUCUUUGUGCGACAGACCAGGCUUACGAUCAGAAGAACAUUCGACGCAGAGUUUAUGAUGCAUUAAAUGUUCUAAUGGCAAUGAAUAUUAUAUCAAAGGAAAAGAAAGAAAUUAAAUGGCUAGGACUUCCUACUAAUUCUGCUCAGGAAUACCAAAAUUUAGAAAAAGAGAAAUUAAAAAGAAUUGAAAAAAUCAGACAAAAAACUCAGCAUCUACAAGAUUUAAUUGUUCAACAAAUCAGCUUAAGAAAUUUAACUUCUAGAAAUAAAGGAGUUCGACAGCAAAUGAAAGGCCCACCAUCAACGAAUAAAAUCCAUUUACCGUUUAUUUUAUUAAAUACACAUAAAGAUACAGUGAUUGAUUGUAGCAUAUCUAGUGAUAAGAAAGAAUACAAGUUUUGCUUUAGUGACAUAUUCCAAAUUAGUGAUGAUUCAGAAGUUAUGAAAAAAAUGGGCUUAGAUUGUGGCUUAGAUAAAGGCAUAAGCACUCCUGAGCAAGUCAGCAAAGCUAAAGGUUUAGUUCCUAAAGCUUUACAGCCAUAUAUCUCAUUGAUGUCUCAGGGAAAAAGCGAUUUACCCCCAGGUAUGGUUAGUGAUGGAAAUGGUGUUAAAAUCGAAAGUGUAUAUUUGAAUGAUUCUGCAAAUUACUCCUACUGUGACUUGCAAGAAGCAUCUUCUUCAUCUUCGGGACCUGGAUCUGAAUAUGUUGAUAUAGAAAAUACUCAAAGUAGUAUGAAGUCUGUAUUAUCUCGUCAGUCCAGUGUUGGCUCUCUGUCUGAUUUACCCUCUCGCCCAGGUACAAGCACUCCAUCUGAAGAUUUCUCUGAUUGUGAAUCGGAAUCUAUGGAUGGGGACGAGUCUAACUGAAGUUUGAAUCUUCGAAGAAUGUUUGAGUUUUAUUUGUUUUGUUAAAGAAAUCUUUUGUCAUAUCAGUUUUGAUCUGGGGGAAAAUCUUAUAGUGUGUUACUUAAAAAUGAAAAAGAUAUAACACUUGUGAUCUUUUUUUUUUUGUUUUUUAACAUUUCCCUGUGGACAGAAUACUGUGUACCUGAAGUGCUCUGAAUACAUACUCUGACUAUGCCUUUCUCUAACUAUCUGGGCAAGUUGACCACUUGUCCCUUGUGAUCAAGCCUCCUUCCAUCCAGUACUGUUCUUUAUUUCACUUUAUUACAUGACUGGAAAUAUACAAAAAAACGUCAUAAGGAACUGUUAAUGGAUGUUGGAAUUCCAUAUGUGUGUUGUGCUGUCUUACCAUCUCUAGAUUGUUUGCAAUUUGAAGAGGGUUCUUUGUUUUUGGUCUGUUUUAAAAGAAACCAUGAGCAACAUUCUUGUACAGGUCACUCUAAAUGUGACAUUUUUCUUUCCCUCCUGCGAGGUGUGCUGAUGAAAAAUAUAUUUGUGCUAAGCAAAUUUGAAAUGAGAUAUAGGAACUACGCCAUUCUUACCAAGAGUACACGCACAAGUCUUGUAUUAAUAAAAAAUUAUGAAAUUACCCAAAUAUUUUUCAUUACAUUUCUCCCCUUUUUCUCUGCACCGCAUAGUCAGUGUUAGCUCAAUAAAUAAAUUUGAUUGCAGUGGUAUUUCUAAAAUCCAUGAUCAAUCACCUAUCACUUUAUCCAUUGUUAAUUUAUCACAUUUCUGUUAAAUGAUUGUUCAACGACCGCUGCCGUCUUUUAAGUAAAACACUUCUCAUUAUUUAUUUUAUUAAUAGGAAUACUUUUAUUACUGUUAUUAGAAGAGAUUUGAUAGCCUAAUAAUAGCUAAAUUAUGAUUAGGGCAUACAAGUGCUUAUUUUAAAGAGUAUUUUUAAAACAAUUCUAACCAUGCAAAUCUAAAUAAGUUGGGAAUGAAACUGGCAUCAAUUUUAAUACAAAUAUUUUUUAUAAAAUCAUUGUUUUUUAAAAUAUUGAAAAAGAAAAAUUAUGAUUAAAAUUUAUUAGUGCUUGAAGUGUAUUUAUAUUAAAAAACUAAAAGCUUUAGGAUACAUAAAUGUGUGUUAAAUAAAAGUAAAUUUGAUUUAUAAAAUAAUAAAAUGAUAAAGUAAAAUGCAGUUAUUAACUAAAUUAUUUUAAAAGGGUUACUAUCAAUAAUACUAAUUGAGCGUCACAAAAAUAAAAACAAUAGUGAUAUUUUGAUUAUAUGCCCUGCCAGAAAAUGUAAGUAGUUUUAUAAUUGAUGAGAGGAUUACAUUAGUUUUAUAAUUUUACUGAUAUUUAUUCACUAAUCCAUUAUAAAAACCCUAGAGUAAGUGCUACUUAGCUCAGCAAAGUUAUUUAGCUUUCACAAAGUUAUCAAUAAUUGCAAUUUUGAAAAGAAGAAAAACAACAAAGAAUGUGCAAUAUAACAAAGGAUAAUUAAACUAGAUUUUUAUAGCUGACAUUUGAUACAUUAAAAAAAGCUUCUCUGACAAAUUUUUACCAUUGUUAAAUAUUUGAUAGUAUACAAAUAACCUCCCAACAAUAAUGUGACAAAAUAUAAUUGUAAUUAAGAUAAUGAUAUUGCUUAGUUUCUUCUGUUAUUAAAAUAAGUCUCUUCUAAUUGCAGUCACUUUCUUUUGAAUUAUCUCAAAUUUUUUCCUUACAAUAUGAAAUUGCAAAUAGUAUACAUCAACUGUAUUUUAAGAACUUAUUUAAUGAAAAUGAUUUAUUUUAAUUUCGUUUAAAUUGUUUUCAGGAAGUGUACAUUCUAAAAUUUCAGUGUUAUCUUAAAAGAUGGUUGCUGGUCUUGUUCAAUAUGUCAUAUUUUGUUUUAUUUGUAAAUAAAAUUUUGUUAAAAUGAUUUCCAUAUGGAAAUAUUAAUUUAUCGAGAGCUUAAGAAGCAGUUUUGAAAAAUCCAAACUUUUCUUUCUAUAAAUACACCACUUUCUUUCAAACAUGCUGUGUGAUGUCCACCUAUUUCAGAAAAACAUUUCCCUUACAACUUAUGCAAUAAUAAUUUUGCUCUGGCUGACUGUUGUUUAAAAUACAUUGAAGUAAAGCUAUUUAUCUUAAAAUAUUAAUUCCACUUAUUUUCUUACACAAGACUUAUUUUCCUUCCAAUUUAUAAAUAUUAUUUAAAUUUGUUGUUUGUCUAAUAUAUCCUGUGCCAAACAAGCCUGUUUUUAGUACAACUAAAUGAAGUAGGAUGUAAAUUGUGUAUUACUGCAGACUCAUGAUAGCCACUAAAAUUUAUACCUGUUCACCAUGUUAAAUCUAUUCUCGUACUUUCUAAAAUUAUUAUCAAAAGCUUUUACAAAUGAAUCUUGUUGAGACUAUUUCUGAAACUGACCUAAACACAAUUCAUGAUAGCUCGAAUCUGACAGUAUCUGAAAAAGACUGUUUCAGCUUUUAACCGGAAGUGAAAUAAUUAGGUAAUCUAAUAAUUUGUAAUGCUGAGAGAAUUUAAAGCAGAAUAUAGUUUGGAUAGGCAUAACUAAUCCUUUUUUUCAUGAGUUUAUAUUCUUUUAGGUUUUUCCUUUUUAAUAAAGGAUUUGUAGAACAAUGUCUCACUUGACUGCUAUAUCUUCCGUCAAUGAUAGAGUUUAUUUUAUCCUUCCUUAAUAAAAUUAGUUAUCUUCUAUGUUGAACACUCAGAGGAAAAUUUCUUGCACGUGUGAUCAGCAGCAGAAUUGGCGUAAUUCUCAUUUAUGUAAUAUCCAUUUCCAAAACAAAGACAAUUCUUUCAAAAUAAUAGUCAAUGUAACACCAUUUAUUUCAUACUCAACUAACCUUUUUCUUAUACAUUGACUCAACUUUUUUAUUUUUGCAUCAAUUUUGGCUUGUAAGACAGAUUGAUUUUUGUUACAUUGAGUGCAUAAUGAUUGUUUUUUUAUGCAGUUAAAAUUCCAUCUAGCUCUUGCCUCAUUGAAUCAAUGGUCUGGCAUCGAGUCUAUUGUGCUAAAAUCGCAAAAAAAUAAUAAUAAUAAUAAUUCUCUUUGAUGGUAGCAAAAAAAGCUUUAAAAAUAUACUGAAAAAUAGUUAAUAAAUGAGUUAAAUUACUAAUCAAAUAAUUGGACUUCAAGUUAUCACAAAUCGACUUUAUUAAAACUUACUGAGUUUUUCAGUAAGAAAAAAUAUUCCAAAGGAGUUAACACUGUGACACAUUUUAACUCUCAAAAGCUUGUGUCUUAAAAUAAUUAAUUCCUUUGAAUUUUUUUAUUUUGAAAUAUUUUCUCCUACAAUUAGAUCAAAAUGGCUGUCAUGAAUAUUCUCUACAGAACAAACAAAAGUAAAUAAAUAUUUUUCUUUUAUAAAAAAGAUAUAAAAAAAAUUUAGUCUAAAAUUAUUAGUUAUGGUAUUUUACUCCUGUCACUUUAAUGCACUACUAUAAGUAAAAUUUUAUCUGAAAUAUUUUUCUCUAUUGCUUAUUUUUUCACAAAUUAUUAAAAAUAUAGAAAAUAAGUCUGUGGAAAUUUAGCAAAUUUUUAUAUUUGGACAUAUUUGCUAAGAUUUUUAUAAUGAAAUUACUAGUCUCUUAAAAACUUAUGCUUUUACGGGUUAAGACAGAAAUAUAAUUUGUGUUCACUUCUAAAAUUUGUUAAUUAUACUCUAAAAAUACAUUGUUUUUUAUUAUUAUUUUUAGUAUUUUAAAAAUUGUACAGAGCAUUGUAUCUUAAUGUUAAAGAUUUGAGCCAGUUUUCUGUUAUAAAUACAUUUGACUAAAAUGUAUAUUUUAUCACAUAAAAAUUGAAUUUAAUUUCCAUUUUUGUUACUCCUAGUAUACUGCCCCAUAAAUAAAUAUAUAUAUUUCUUCUAGUCCAGUGAAGUUACAAAUUUUUUAUAACUGCUUUAAAUGUAAAUAAAUCUAAUUUGCGACCAUAGAAAAAGAAUGAAAAUAAUAUGGGAUAUUUUAACCUUAAAAGAAUAUCUUAUUGUGUCGUGGAAACUUUUUAUUUAAACUAUUUUUAACUUUGGUUUUGAAUGAUUUUUUUUUUAAGCAAAAAAUUCUUACUUGAAUUAUUUUCAAGCUCUGGAAAUUUUUACGGUUUGAUCAUCGUAUUUUAGCAGAAUUUUGGUUUCAUAGGUUUGUAUUGGUUUUAUAGAGGAUUUCUAUUUCCUAAGACUUUAAAGAGUGAUAAGUAUUUGGUUUCGACUUUUUUACAAAGUAAUAGGUACUAUUUUGUCAUCUCUUCAUACCGGUGUAGGUACCACCUAUUGUAAAUUUCUAUUGAUUAUUGCAAUUAUUCAAGAAAUUAUUGAUCUAAAAUUUAAGUUAAAAAAAUUAAAAAAAAUUUCCAACACGAAUGUUAAGAAGUAGUUAUAUUAUUCAAAAAUAUCGAAGAUUUUGCUGAUAAACUACUCUUAUCAUAAUGAUUAAACAUAUAAUAUGAACGCUAAUUUACCAUAAAAAAUACGUAGGUUGCUAUAUAAAUUUAAAGUAUCAUCAAUAUAAUGUGAUGGUUUUAUGAAAAUGUGUCAAAGCAAAAAAAUUAUGAAUUCACACAAAUAUGAAAUAAUGUCAAGCACAUUUAUCACAAAUAUGUGUUUUGUUGCAAAAAGAAAAGAAAAAAUUUUAUUUUUUAAGAGAAUAGUUCAAUAUCCCAAGUGACAAAAUUUUCUAAUUCUUAGAGCUUUUUAAAAUCGAAACUUAUAUUGCUUAAAAUUAGAAUAAUCAAAAUAUAUAGAAUGGAUAUAAUUUGUAAACCUUUUCAUGUACUUGGUUUCUAGUUAAUGUUUGAAUUAAUUGGGGGAAAAGUUAGUUGCUCUGAUAAAGACAUUUUUUAUUUGUAAAAAUUUGAGCUUAGCCAUACAGUAAAAGUAAGCAUUUUAAAUUCCUAAGAAUAAAAAAGGAAAAUAUUUAUUUUUAUCAUUUAUCCCUUUCAAAUGUCACUUAAUAUCAAAAAAUCCUUUGUUCCUGAACUAAUAAACUAACUUUUCUUGUAUUUUUCUUCGCAAGUACCUGAACAUUCUAUACUUAUUUCUUUAGCUCUAAAGCGUUGAAAACAUAUGGCUUAAUUUUUUUAUAUCCAAACCUGCAAUUUACUUCAGCUUAGCAGAAUGUAUUGAAACAACCAAAAAAACUUUGCUUUCAGUAUAAAUUCAUUUUUUUAAGAAGGGAAUAGUUGUUUGCCUGAUUCUUGGGACUGACUUAAAUAGAGCAUUUCAUUUUCUGUUUAGUAUGGCUAUUUACUAUUCUCAUACUACUAUGAAAGCUGUACGCUUCAUUUGAGUGAAAUUUAACCAAAUGAUAAACGGGCCAACAUGUGACAGUUGCUAGGAACUUCUGUACUAAUAAAUUUAUAUGGUAACCUACAUAUUUUUUGUUUAUUUUUAUGUAUAUAUAUUUUUAUCUUUGAAAUUAUUUUUUAAAAAAAAGUAAAUAUGCUUUUAUUCUAAGAAAUGUAUGUUAUGUCUAUCCUUUAUCAAAAUUUCCUUAUUUAAAAAAAACAUAAUUUGAUAUUAAAAUGUUUGUGUCUAAGUUUUGUAAAAUGGUAUUUUAGAAAAAUCUUAUUAAAAUAUAAUUUUAAGAAUUAUAUUUUUAGCUAGUAUAUCUUGUUAUUAAUAUUUAUUUUUUUAAUUUGAAUACAGAUAGCUUAUUUAAUUUUAAAAUAUGAUGAAUGAAUGAUUGAUUUUUUUUAACAUAUAUGGAUUCUGUCAGAUUAUUCUAUAUUUUUAUUACCAUGACAUUUUAAAUUGCUAUUUCAGUAUUAUAAUUAUUUUAAUUGCAUAAGAAAAAAUUAAUAUUUAAGCUUGAACUGUGGGAAUUUUUUAAGGUUGAAUACUCCCCAUUCCAGCAAUAAUGAUUAAUAGACCCAGUUUUAUGGAAGAUUUGUUAUAUGUAUUUUACAUUGUAAAGCCAUUUAAUGUACACACUGCUGUGUAAACUGCUUUGUGUGUUAAGUAGUUAAUAUGUUUUAAAUUGAAAAUAAAAAUAAUUCUGUUAAA